AUGAUUCAGGUUCCAAUUAUUGUUAAUGGGUAUAAAAUUUCAGCGGUUCUGGAUACUGCCACUGAGGUUACUAUUCUCUCAGAUCGGUUAUUGAAAUUACUUGAUGAAAAACCUAAAAUUUCUAAACCAGUUAUCAUGCAUGCUGCGGGUCGAGAUGUGCAAAUGAAAGGUGCGAAGCUUGAGCCAGUGAGAAUGAAACUAGGAGAAGGGUGGUAUUGUGAGUCAUUGUACAUGGCUCCGAUUGAAGAUGACAUGUUGUUGGGUCUAGAUUUUUUGCUAAAAUAUCAGGCAAAGGUAAAUCUUAGUGAAAAUUACCUGGAAAUAGGCAAGGAGAAAGUAUCCAUAAUUAUGGGGGAAAAUAAUGCAGUGAAAGUAAAACGAAUUACCAUUAGAAAGAAAUCGGUGAUUCCUGCUUUUUCUGUAUUACGAGUACCCGGUCAAAUGGAUAUAUUAGACUCUGAAUAUAUUGUAAAACCUUUUGUGGAUAGGUUAUUGUCACCAAGGACUUUACAGAAAGCUUCUUCAAAACCAAUAUUGUCAUUUGUCAAUUGCAAUGACAGAAGUGUCAAAUUGCAAAAGAACCAAACAGUAGGAUUUGCCUAUGAAACUGACAAGGUAAUAGAUCCUUCGUUAAGCACGGAUAGAAUCCAGGUGACCCAAACAAAUGUCAAAAAUGAAGAUGAUGACUUUAUGGAAGAAAAUAUACCAGAUCACUUAAUUGAUCUUUACACCAGAUCUAUAGAGAAUUUAGAUUUAGAUCAAGUUGAAACUGUGAGACAAUUACUAUGCAAUUAUUCAGAUGUGUUUGCUCAGAGUGAAUUUGAUCUGGGAACAUUUACAGCUAUAGAACAUUCUAUAGACACGGGGGAUGCAAAACCAAUUAAGCAAAGAAUAAGAACACCUCAGUGUUUUGUGGGAGAAGAAGAAAAACAUCUAAAUAAAAUGCUGGAUGCCGGCAUAAUAGAACCAUCUGUGUCAGAGUAG